AUGGCGAGUGGCAGCCGACCCUCUGUUUUUGAUGCGUCUCGGAAGUCGUCUCGACAUCUCAAAGUACCGGUGACGCUUUCACUCCUCCUCCUCGUGACCCUCGCGCACUUCGCGGCGCCAAUUGCGGCCAACAACUGCCCUUCGUUCCGCCCAAUCGGCGUCAACUGCCCUCCCGCCACGUCAGCAGCAUCCGCCGCCGCGAAUCCCGCCUGCAAAUCACAGGCCUAUUUGGGCCGAUUCUCCGUGCAGGGCUCGAAGCGCUUCCGCCUCCCCGCGCUCCCAAACGGCGUUCCGCUUCCGUCGGGCGCGCUCUCCGCGGACUGCUGCACGGAGUGCCAGCACCGUGCCGAUUGCGCCUACUGGAACAUCUUGCUCCGCUCCCGCCGCUGCCUGCUGUUCUCUGCUGAUGUGUGCGCCGCUGACGGGCCCGCUGUGUUCCUUCCCGGCGAUGAGCACGCCUUCGUCGGGACUCGCUACUGCAACGCGACCACGUCUAUAACGCGUACAAUGGCCAACACCGCCGCGACCACACAAGACGACAGCACACCUUCUGAGAGCGCGCUUUCCGUCUUCGAGGACGCUACUGACGAGGAUGAGCAGGAGGCGGCGGAGGGGCAGGCAGAGGAGAGAGCAGAAGCAGAGGAGGAGCACGACGCGCAUGUGAUGGGCGUGUUCGACGGGGACAUGGCGAGAAUGCACGCGGAGGAAGCGGAAGAGUUGAAUAUUGUGGAAGCAGCGUCUCAGGCGCAGCCGCAGGGGCAGGAGCAGCAGCAGCGGCAGGAAGAGGCGGCGUAUCAGAACAACCCUGAGGCGAUGGCUGCUUUGGAGCUGGAAGCGAUGCAAAGCGAGGAGCAGAUGGAGCAGAGCCAGCUGCAGCAGCAACAGCUGCAGGAGCAGAACGAACAGCAGGAGCAACAGGAGCAGCCUCAUGGCGUCGAAGUCUUUGAGCUUUUCGACCUGCAGCAGGAGAACCCUGAGCCGUUUCAGGAGAAUUCCCAGGUGAUGCAGCAGAUUGAGAAGGAGGACGUGACAGCGCAGCAGGCAGGAGAGGUCUCCGCCAUCCAAGGCAUGGAGGCAUUUGAGGAGGAGAAUGACGAGGGGGGAGAGGAGAGAGAGAAGGAAGAGGCAGCUCGGGCUGCGGCAGUGAAAGAGAUGGAGGAGGAGGAGAUCCCCAUCCGUCUCGUGUCCUUCUCCCUUGUCGACCCCAGCUCCCAAAUCACAAGCCAAGCUGCCGCCAUGGAAGCAGAGGAGGCGGAGAGAAAAAGCAACGAGGAGGCGAAGAGAGACACAGACGCCAAACAGGCUGCGUGGAGGGACCUGGAGCAGCAGGAGAUUCCAGUGAAACUGACCUCAUAUGAAAUGGUGGACGCAGAUUCUCUUGCCACAAUCCAAGCAGCAGCAAUGGAGGAAGAGGUGGCGGAGAGGCAGGCAGACGCCACCGCAGCCGCUCUGAGGGACCUGGAGGAGCAAGAAAUUCCUGUGAAGCUAACCUCUUAUGAGAUGGUGGACGCCGGUUCAUUGGCUGACAGGCAAGCUGAAGCAAUGGAGGAGGCGGCAGAGAGGCAGGAGAGUGAGAGAGCAGCAGUGCUGAGGCAGCUGGAGGAGCAGGAGAUUCCGGUUAGGCUCAACCUGAGAGGACACUCCGCCUUCCACACAGCAUCCUGA